GCAGCAGACAGCAGCAGCAUAUAACCGUAAACGGCAGUAGAGCCGCCUCCGGAAUAGUCCUUUGGCAUCACUGGUUCCAAGUGGAUAAAAAACAACGAGCAUGAGUACUGAGUAAGAAAAAAAUAAAAAUAAUAAUAGUGCGAGAACAAGAAAAGGGUCUAGGUGUUAUCUGGGCAACGUGUGGCUCGGGUUGUUGAGUAAAUACAAUAACACAAUAUAUAUAUAGAUAUACAGAUAUAUAUAACGAUAAUGAGAUAAAUAAAAUAGUAUUUAUUUAUAAAUGUUACGUUACAAGUGUAAAUCACGAUGGUGUACAAACUAUUUGUGUUUUAUUGACGAGUUUGUUUUCAAUAAAACCUGAACGCUGAGUGUAUUAAUGGCUGCUGAGGUUCCGCGGAUUUUAAAUUUUAAAAAAUAAAUGUUAUGGUUGUGAAGAGUAUAAACUUUUGUUGAUAUGGAAUGGAGUUAAUAUGGAAAUUUGUUGGAUUUAUAGGAUUGUGAUAAAACUGACUGGUGAAUAGUGUUGAGAUUUGUGUGGAAGAGGCAGGCCGUGUCUUUUUAUAUGAUGUCGGUCGGUUCUUUUCAAGUGUCCUACGCUGUAUUUAUAGUAUUUUUUAUACUAUUGAACGUUUGUUAUACAAUAGCUCGCCAGGAUGCCUACACAAUAAAUGAUAAUCAUGAUAACAGUUACGAUAACUUUAAAUGUCCGAUAAAAUGCGCCUGUCUUGGAAAUUUUGCUGAUUGCAGCAAUUUGCAAUUGGAUUCAGUGCCCAGUGGACUGCCACCAUGGACCGAAAUAUUAGAUUUAAGUUCAAAUAAAUUAGAAGAUAAUUUAACGUUUUCAAUGUCACAUCUCCCUCAAUUGACUAGUCUGAAACUAAAUAAAAAUUUAUUUAGCCAUAUACCGGAGCUCUCAUUGUUGGGUAAUUUAACUCACGUUUCAAUUUCACACAAUUUUAUUGGUGAUAUUGAUGGAAGUGCUCUACGAAAAUUACCCAAUCUCCAGACUCUGGAGUUGCCGAGUAAUAAAAUAAAAGUAUUAAGUCGAGGCUCUUUUUUAGCACCCAAUCAACUAACCCGGUUAAAUUUAAAUAUGAAUGAGAUCAGUGAUAUGGAGCCUGGCUGCUUAGAUAAUUUGACGCAGCUAGAAGAAUUAAGACUAAAUAAAAAUAAUUUGACGCAUCUUGUGAAAGAUGUCUUUGUUAAUUUAACAAAAUUAAAACUUCUCGAAAUAAAUAGAAAUGAAUUGCAACAAAUUCAAGGUUUGAGUUUGAAAAAUUUAACGAGUCUUGAAGAGUUGAGAUUAAAGAGAAAUAAAAUAGAUACACUCGAAGAUGGUGCUUUCUGGCCACUGAGAAAUUUACAAUUAUUGCAACUUGAUUUUAACAUGCUGACAGUUGUUAAAAAAGGAGGACUCUUUGGAUUGGAUAAUCUCCGUAAACUGACACUAUCGCAUAAUCAUAUAUUUAAAAUAGAAUCACAGGCAUGGGAAUUGUGCAAGGAAAUUCGCGAACUCGACUUAUCAAACAACAAACUGACAUCAAUCGAACGAGGAACUUUUGAGUAUCUAUUAAAAUUGGAAAAACUUAAACUUGAUCACAACAGAAUUUCAUUUAUCUCAGACGUUGCUUUCACCAGCAUACCAAAUUUAAAAAUUCUGGAAAUAAAUUUCAACAAAAUAUCCUACAUGAUUGAGGACAUAACAACUGGAGCUUUUGUAGUUCUUGGUCAGUUAAAAAAGUUGGGCCUGGCAUCAAACCAAAUAAAAUCCGUGAAUAGAAACGCGUUUGGAGGACUAGAAGGUCUUGAAGAAUUGGAUCUACAAGGAAAUAAUAUAACUAGUAUUCAAGAGAAUGCCUUUAGUCCAAUGCCGAACUUGUCUAAACUCAAAAUGAACACAGGUGCCUUGGUUUGUGACUGUGGGCUCCAAUGGCUGAGUGUUUGGCUGCGCGAGCAUCGAUAUAACGAAGCCAAAGCACGCUGCGGAUAUCCCCAUUGGCUAAAAUCCAUGCACCUCACACAGUUACAUCAUGCUAAUUUUACGUGCGAUGAGUUCCCGAAACCACGUAUCAUUGAGGAACCGAGCAGCCAGAUGAGCAUAAAAGGUGAAAAUGUCACGCUGACUUGUCGAGCGACCAGUACUGCUGACACUCCCCUACAAUUUACUUGGAAACACGAGAAUACUGAGCUGCGGGAUGCUGACAUUGAAACGAUUCCAAUAGCCUCCGAGAAUGGUGUUACUGAGGCAUUGUCCUCUUUACACCUUGUCAAUGUCAGCCAUGAAGACGCCGGAAAGUACCAGUGUAUGGUCGCCAAUACUUUUGGAACUUCGUAUUCUACUAAAGCUAAAAUCAGCGUUCUUGUGUACCCAUCGUUUUCAAAAAUUCCUCAAGACAUAAGCGUAAUGGCUGGAAGAACAGCUCGCCUGGAAUGUUCCGCAGAAGGGCAUCCUUCACCACAAAUAGCCUGGCAAAAAGACGGUGGGAAUGAUUUUCCAGCCGCUCGAGAAAGACGAAUGCACAUGAUGCCAACAGAUCCAGUACUUUUUAUAAUCGAUGAUGUUAAAAGUGCUGAUACCGGCGUUUAUUCUUGUACAGCACAAAAUCUUGCCGGAGUUAUUGUUGCCAACGCAUCAAUAACAAUAUUCGAAGAGCCGUCAUUCGUUAAGCCAAUGGAGAACCGAUUAAUCUCCGUGGGCUCGUCAAUCGUCCUUGAGUGCAUGGCCAGCGGAUCUCCCCGUCCAAAAUUGCUGUGGCGUAAAGACGGGGCACCGCUUCUGGCAACUGAGAGGCAUUUUUUUACAGCCGACGAUCAGCUAUUGAUUAUCGUCAAUACAGUAUUAAGUGAUGCUGGUAAUUAUGAAUGCGAAAUAAAUAAUACAUUGGGUAAAGCAGUGGGAGUUUCUCGUCUGACAAUCAGUCCCGCGUCAUCGCCAGUAAAUGUACAAACAAAUGUAAUGAGUAUUGUAAUUGUCGCGGUUGUAAGUUGUAUCGUUGGUACUUCAAUAGUAUGGGUUAUCAUAAUGUACCAAUCGCGACGGCGUUCCAAGGCAACAAAAAAUGUUAAUGGACAAGUGCCCAUAAGUGGAGAACCGCCAACUACGGACGGGCAAACUACACAAUUGUACCUGGAUUCUAGUUCUCAGCAUAGCAAAGAUAGCGGUACUGGUGACAGUACUAAUCCCGAGGAAAUUGUAACCUGCGGUAUUCACAAUGACGAGGAUGCUGCUGCUGUAAGUGGCGAGGAUCCGUUACUCCAGUACACAAAUCACCAGCGGAAUAUCCAGAUAGACAGUAAUGAUAUACCAUAAAAGGCAAUAACACACCUUUUACGGAAACCCACGUGAGAAUAUAUAUUUAUAUAUAUAUAUUAAAGAGAACAAAAAAUAUAGUAUUAUAUGUAAAUUCGUUUGGUGAGGCUUAGAAACAGAAAAAAAGUAACGUACUUCCUCUAACGACGAAUUGGCUAAUUUGAUCAGUGACCACGUGUCCAAUGAUCGCUCAGUAUUAGGAUAAAGAUAAAAAUAUAAAUAAUAAUAUUAUUAUUGAUAACAAACAAUUAGUCUAGUAAGAUGUCCGAAAGUUAUUGAUGCCUUAAAAAUAGUGUACAUACGUCAAAAAGUAAAUCGAGCCAUCUAUUGAUGUUACGAUAUUUGAAGGCUUUAUUAUAACAUAUAUUAUAUAUAUAUAUGAGAACUAGAAAUCAGUAACAUCAGCCUUUUUGUGAUAGUUAUUUAUUUUAUAUUUAAGCCGGCUUCAAGGUUAUUUAUAGUAUAGUAUUUCGAGAAUGUACCUCGACCUCCCUUAGUACUGACAUUGCUAAAUUUUUUUUUAUUUUUAUUUUUUUAUUUAUAAAAGCCAAAGUGCUCAUUACACUGUUAAAAUUUUGCGGAGUGAAUGCGGAGCAGAUGAUUAUUUAUUUAACCCCCUUGGAGUAACAUUCACUCCAAAGGGGAGUUUAUUUGAAGAUUUAAACUCUGAAUCGGAGUAAAUGCAGAUUUAAAUAAAAUUCAAAUCACUCCGCUGAAAAAAAAUUCUCUAUUUACUACGUAUCCGAAUAAUUUUUUUAUAAGCUUCAAAACUCCGAGAGAGUGAAUUCGAAUUGAAAUAAAAUUCACUCCCGAUUUUUUUAGAGUGUAAUAUUUUUUUGAUGGUCUUCCCUGCUAAAUUUUUUUCUUUGCGGUUUUUUCUUUUCAUUCUGUUAUAAUUUAUCUAUAGAACAUAUUAUUAUUAUUAAUUUCAGUCAAUAACUUUAACAAUUGCUCAGUAAACGCGGGUGAAUUCCAUCCAUUUUAAUUAAGUACGUACUGUUAGUACGUAAUUACGGUUCUAACAAUUAUUAGUAUUAUAAAAAUAGUUAUUUGUAAUAAAAUAUAAAGUUUUUUUUUGUUUAUUGUUGACUAUUUGAGUUAUUUUAGACUAAUUGUAUUUGUAUGCAACCAAUUGUAUUUGGGUUUUCAACAAAGUUUUUGUAUAUUACAUAUAUAUAUAUAAAUAUAUAAAUAUAAAUAUAACGUUUUGCAUUAUUGCAAACUAUUUAAACGAGUUGCUAUUUAAUUAACUACUUACUAUUUUAUAUAUUAUCGAUUGCCCGAGUUAAAUAUCGCCUUAAUAACACUGAAGCGCUAAAACAAGUGUCUUAAAACAGAGGUCUUAAUAUUUAUGAUAAUAUUUUAAUAAAGAAAAACAAACCAACAGAAGAAAUAACUUUUUUUAUUUCAGUUUUUUGGCAAAAACGAUAAUACAUUUAUAAAAUGAGUGGCUUACUUGUAGUAAUUUAAAGCAUUUACAAUAUUAUUAAUCAAAUAAUAAUUAUACAAACUGUAAUUUAUGUAAAACAUGUACAAGUGAAAAAAAAAAAAAUGAAAAUAUUGAAAUAACUAAAAUAUACAAUUGAGUUUAUUUAUGAGUACAAAUUUAUUUUUAAAUUGUCAAGUUCAUGCGUCUAUUAAUAUAUUUAUGUAUAUUUAAAUUAAAUAACUUGUAACAAACAUUGUAAUAUGAUUAGAGGUGUGCGAAUUGUGUUUAAAUUUUCAAACAAUUCGUAACUUUUCAAUUAACAAUUCGAAUCGAGAAAAUUCUGAUUAUCUUUCAAAUAUUCUCCUUUUUAAAUUUAUCAAAAAUAAUUUUUUUACAAAAUUAUUCGAAAAGUUUAAAAGUAAGAAUAAUUUAAAAAGCUUCGAAUUAUUCGAUUUGAUACAAAUUCGUAAGUUCGAAUUAUUCGCACACUUCUAAAUGUGAUUUAACUCUACGACAAUACUUCAAAAGCCAUGAACCCAUUUUUUAAAAUUAUAAAUACUUAAUAUCUAAUAAUUAAUAAUCUAAAUAUAUAUUUAUUUAUAUUGCGCAAUGGUACAUGGCAUUUAUAUGAACGAUUGUCGGAUUUUAAAUUUCCUACGAUGAUUUAAUAAUCUAGUCGGCUACCCAUUAAUAACCUGCUCUUCAUAAGUCUCUUCCCCUCAUCGGCAGUUACUGAGUCAUUAACUUCUCCUAUUUCGACCAC